CAGGGCGCAGAUGUCGCCUCUGUCUCUUUAAAACACUGACUCCUGGAGGUUGGCGAGGAUUUGUUGCGGAUAGCAGGGAGUGCGGAGCUCAGCUCGGCAUGUGCAGCGCUUCAUUUUCGCUCAAACUGACGCCGCAACCUGCAACUGCUCCGGACCAGAGCAGACAGAGAGAGGGAUUAUUUUAUUUAUGACCGGGCUAAAUAUAGUUAAAUCUCUUCUUCUUUUUUUGUUUUCAGCAGCAGCAGCAGGACAUCUUGGAAAGAAGUCGCUGUGUGUAUGUGUGUGAAUGUGUGUAUGUGUGUGUGUAUGUGUGUGACCAUGCGGGGAUGAAGAAGUGCUGCUGCUGAGUUUUGUUAUUAGGUUUCUCCGGGGCGGUGCUGCUGCUGCCGCUGCUGAUCCUGCUGCUGUCAUGGCUUUCUGGGAGUGACAUGAAAGUUUUUUUUCGGGAUGAUUUUACUCGCUUGAUAUAUUCCAGCUGAGGCUCAAGCUCCUGAAACCGGUCCAGUUUCACUUGCUUUUAGUGUUGUUGUUUUUUAAAUAAGAAAAAAACUGGGUGUUUGUAUUUUUGACUGGAGGUUUCAAUUAAAUUGAUAAUUUGAGUGGACUGUCGAGAGGCUGCAGACUCGGGAGAGUGUGGAGAUGAACUUUGGAAAUUUACUUCUUGUGACAUUCAUCACCAUCGCAUCAGGGUCCCGGGCACGGUUUGAAGACAGCGCACCUCGGAUUGUGGAGGACCCCUCGGAUUUGAUCGUCUCCAAGGGGGAGCCUGCCACCCUCAACUGCAAGGCAGAGGGCAGACCCGCUCCUAAUAUAGAGUGGUAUAAGGAUGGCGAGCGCGUGGAGACGGACAAAGAUGACCCCCGUUCUCACCGCAUGCUCCUGCCCAGCGGCUCCCUCUUCUUCCUGCGCAUCGUACACGGACGCAGGAGCAAACCAGACGAGGGCGUCUACACCUGUGUGGCCCGCAACUACCUGGGAGAGGCCAUUAGCCGCAAUGCUUCACUGGACGUCGCCAUCCUGAGAGAUGAUUUCCGGCAGGCCCCGAGCGAUGUGGUGGUGGCUGCGGGUGAGCCUGCAGUGUUAGAGUGUGUGCCUCCACGUGGUCACCCUGAGCCCACCGUGUCCUGGAAACGCAACAACGCCCGAGUCAGCACCAAGGAUGAACGAAUCUCUAUGCGUGCGGGCAAACUGAUGAUCUCUCACACCAGAAAGAGUGAUGCUGGCAUGUAUGUUUGUGUGGGCUCUAAUAUGGUUGGAGAGCGGGACAGCGAUCCUGCAGAGCUGGUGGUGUACGAGCGCCCUGUGUUGGUGCGGAGGCCGGUGAACCAGGUGGUCAUGGAGGAGGAGACUGUCGACUUCCUGUGCGAGGUGCACGGAGAUCCCCCUCCCACUGUCCGAUGGCGGCGUGAGGAAGGGGAGCUUCCCCGUGGGAGGUUUGAAAUCCGCAACGGCAACAGCAUUCGUUUGUUCCGCGUGAAAGAGCAGGAUGAAGGGACGUAUACCUGCACAUCUGAGAACAGUGUGGGCAAGACGGAGGCCUCGGCCAUGUUGCAAGUCCAUGUGCCACCUCAGAUUGCCACAAAGCCCCGAGACCAGAUUGCCACACAGGGGAGGAGCAUCACCUUCCAAUGCGGCACCACAGGAAACCCUCCACCUGCCAUCUUCUGGCAGAAAGAGGGCAGCCAGAUGUUGUUGUUCCCCGGCCAGCCGCCAUCUCAAUCCGGCCGUUACUCCGUCUCCAUGAGCGGAGAACUGACCAUCACUGACGUCCACCCCGAGGACUCUGGUUUCUACAUCUGCCAGGCCAUCAGCGUCGCAGGAAGCGUGCUGACCAAGGCGCUGCUGGAGGUGGAGGGAGGUCCCUCAGGUCGUGUCCCGCCGAUUAUUCGCCAAGGUCCGGCCAAUCAGACUGUAUCUGAGGGUGCGACGGCACAGCUGCACUGCCGUGUCAUCGGAGGGCCCUCUGUCAAGAUUUCAUGGGAGAAGGAUGGAGAGAGACUUCUGGGAAAUAAACCUCGGAUGACCUUGAUGGAGAAUGGCACUUUGCAAAUCGCAGACGUAAAGGACACGGACUCGGGGAUGUACACGUGCACGGUAUCCAGCGCCACGGGGGAGUCGAGCUGGAGUGGGAUGUUGACUGUCAGAGAUGAUGGAGUUUCUUCGGUAUCCAGAGCUUCUGAGUUCAUCCAGCUCCCCGGGCCUCCGCAGAAGCCUGUUGUGACGGAGGUCACCAAAAACACUGUCACCCUCACCUGGCAGUCCAACCCUCAUGAAGGCGGAGCAGCAGUCACCUCGUACAUCAUCGAGGCCUUCAGCCAAUCAGUAGGAAGCACCUGGCAAACGGUGGCGGACCACGUGAAGCAGGAGAGGCACACGGUGGUCGGACUCUUCCCCAACACUGUUUAUCUCUUCAUCGUGCGAGCGGUCAACUCUUACGGCCUCAGUGACCCCAGCCCGAUCUCCGAGCCUGUCAGGACGCAGGACGGGAGUCCUACCGAACAGGGUGUGGACCACAGGCAGGUGCAGAGAGAGUUAGGAGAAGUGUCUGUCUACCUGCAGAAGCCUGUGGUGCUGUCUCCUACCAGCGCCAGGAUUUCUUGGACUGUUGCCUUUCAGUCCCGGUACGUUCAGGGUUAUCGUGUAUUUUACCGGACUAUCGGCAGCUCCUGGUUGGUCCAGGAUGUGGAGGCCACGUCCGAUCACAGCAUCAUCUUAGCAGAUCUGUACAGCAGCACAGAGUACGAAGUGAAGAUCCGCCCUUACUUCAAUGAGUUACAGGGACACGACAGCCUCAUGGUUCUGCUGCGUACGCCUGAGGAGGUUUUAAGUGGACCUCCACAGGCUGUAUCGGUGGUUCAGCUCACCAACAGCUCCAGUAUCAGCGUGUCCUGGGAGCCUCCGCCUCAUAAUACUCAGAGCGGCAUCAUUCGAGAGUACAAGGUCUGGUGUCUGGGCAGCAGCUUGGAGAAGCAGAGCCAGAUAAACCGAACCAUGGACGGAGCGGUGCUGUCCAUCCUGCUGACGGGCCUGUUGCCUGACGUUCGCUACACGGUGGUGGUGGCUGCUGUCACCAGUCUGGGUGUGGGCGCUCAAAGCCCACCUGUCAGCCUGCUUCUCACUCUCCCCCUGGACCAGACUUCAACGUCAGUGAAGAAAGGCGGGAACCUCAGCAUAUCGGAGCAGAUCACAACUGUGGUCAGGCAGCCGGCCUUCAUCGCAGGGCUGGGCGUGGCGGCAUGGUUGGCGCUGAUGGCCUUCAGCGGGUGGCUGUACUGUCGACACCGCAGGAGGAAGCAGCUGGGACACUACACCACAUCCUUCGCUUACACACCGGCAGUUGGCUUCGCUCACAGCGAAGGAUCUGGAAUCAUCAAUGGAGGGCCUGGCUUGUUGGGAUCCAAUAUGGGAAAUUACCCCUGGCUGGCUGACUCUUGGCCCACUCCAAACCUCAGUCAUACCAGCAAAGACUCGGUCAACUGCUGCUCUGGCAAACUGGACUCAGACAGAUAUUACAACACAGUCGGUAUCAUGAACUACCAGAACCAGUCAGAGAAACGAAGCACGGCGUCCAACGACAGUCCCAUCUACAGCACCAUCAACACCGCCGCCGAGGACGACCUGCUGGCUUACUACGACACCUACUCCAGCACGUCCUUCAACCAGGGUCCGGACCCGUACAGCAGCAACCCUGUACUGUCAAACAGCGCCCUAGUGGGUCUGGAGCUAGACCUGGACCAGUGGACCAUCCAGUCCGGUCAGUCUGGGUCUGAAUACGCCAAGCUCCAGUAUACCAAGAAAAGCAACGACAAAUUGGUAAAGCAGAGGUCCACUGGGUCGGCAUCGAGGUCAGCUCCUCUCACCUGGGUGGACGUUUUAUCGCUGCCUCUUCCUGCCAACAAAGACAGAGGUCACAUAAAGAAUGACAAAGAAGAGGAGCAACACAGCUCUGAGGAGGAAGAUGACAACUGGUGUCCUCCGCUGCCAGCCAGAACCUACCUGAUGGACACUUCCAGGGAGGAACUCUCCAGCCCGCCAUCAAAGCCGGACCAACUGUCCAAGGCAGAAACACUGAAGUCUUCCCCCCAGCGAGACACACACACGCUAAGCAACAGUCCACGGCUGCCGCACUUUGACCUCUUGUCCCGUCACCACGCAGGCUCCCAGGUCUCCCAGUCCAACCCAGAUCUGUUUACCAACACCAAGGCCCAGGUUGUCGGCGAAGGGUACCACACCAGCCAGUGGGCGGAUGAUUUCAAGGGGGAAAGCCUCGGAAAAGGACAAUCUCCCGCUCCAGCUGCCGAGUUGGGCCCCGCAGCCCAGUCUCACAGAUCCAGGAGUAAGAAGAAAACACCGAAGGAUGGACAGCUCAGACGAGAGCUGCACAGUCAAGCAGAACUUCCCCCUCCACCAUCCCCUCCCCCUGCACCAGACUCCCUGCAGCUCUUGGCUGAUGUUUUGAGCCGCAGUCGAACAGACGCUGACAGAAAAGAGGGGAGCGACUCGCCUACUCUUCAGAAGAGGGGAGAACAUUUCUCACCCCAAAGGAGAGGAGCUACAAAGUGGCCAUCACAGGAUGAGAAUGUAAUCCCGUAUGGACAGUCCAGCUUCCUGCCCCAGGUCCAGAUGUCAGGUUACGGAUCCCUGGGUGGAGGAGUCCUUUCACGACCCUCCACCACUGGCCGGAGGAGAGAUGAGAACCUCAUGUAGACAGACGUCGAUUACAUGACAAGACAUCCUCCUUUUUCUUCCCUGAUUUCCCGUCUUUGCAAACCAUCAAUCUGUUGCCAUGGCAUCUCAUGAAAAACUGAAGACUAAAGGGAAAGCAUCGAGGCUUGCCAUCUGCCUUUUCACAAACUAUUUUGCUUUUAUCUUAAUGAUUUUAUCUUUAUUUUUUGUGAUUUUCUUCACCCUUUCUCCUUGUAUAUAGACAUCUUUUAAAUUUUUUAAAGGUGUGAUCAGAUGUAUUACUAAAAAUGACUCCGGGGUUUAAAAAAAAUAUUGUAUUUUUAGGAAAUGGGAAGUUAAUGUAACUAUGACAUUCUUGUACAGCAGAUUAAUGAAUGUAUCUUCUGUUUACUCCUGACCAUGAAACCAUGAUGAUGCGUGUGCUUGACGAAAGACUGCAGAAGACAUGAGGCAGAAAAUGUGUUAAUAAACCAUCAUGCGGGUGUGUUUGAGUGUGUGCGUGUGUGUGUGUGUCAGUGCAUGGUGUAGUGUUUGUGUGUUACUGUUUUUAUCUCUCAUUUCUGUGUGACUGUGUACUGUGGUAUCCCUGUAGAUCACCAGAGUGUUAGUGCUGUCAAGAUUUUUAAACUGACCAAUAAAACAUUUAUUACAAAAAACUGCUUCUGUCCAUGUGUGAAUUUUACUAAAUUUCACGCCUAAAGCAUUUUUAGCCACACAAGCUGCAUGUAGUUAUGGGAAUUACUACGGGAGAAU